AUGGUGCACACACUCUCUCUAAUGGCUUCUCACAUCUACCAUUCACCCCUUGCCUUCCCCACAACACAUGUCAAGGAGUGUCAAACUUUUGCACCUUCUUCUUUAGCAAAACCAGAUAUGCUCAAUUUUUCAAAUCUCCUAAAAUCAGGAACUGCUGAGUCACGGGUAGAGGGAGCAAAUAUAUCCUUGUUAUUAGACUUGAUUAAAUUGCAGUUGUCAGCCAUUAAUGAACCUCACCAACCAUUCUCAUCUGACUCGUCGUCUCUUUUAUACCUUAAUGACAAAUUCAACAUCAAGAAACCUUUUCUGUAUUUUCUUCAAGAUUCUGCACUUACUUCAAAGGUUACGGUUCAUCUUGAUGGCCAAAUCACAUUUAUGGGUGCUGAAAUUCAGAUGAAAGAUCUUCUUUCUGUAGUUGCUGAGUCAUAUUUAUCAAAGAGAUUACAUAAGGGUGAAAAGCUCUCAGUGCUUGUUCCACACUUCAGCAGGGUGAAUAUCAGUGAAGCAGAAGUACAGAGUCAUUCAUCUACAAUGAAGAUCAAAUCUACCUUAACCGCUCCUUUAAGGAGUCCUGAGAAAGUCAAAACUCAAGUUGCAGCUGAUCCCGACACGGAUGAAGUGUAUGCAAAACUAAGGCUCUUUCCUCUGCAUCCUAGCGAUGUUAAUUUUGAUGGUGACAUUGUUGCUGGUGUCAAUGAUAAUCUGGUGCAAUCCUAUACAAAGACCUUGACACAAUCUGAUGCAAAUAAUGGUGGUUUCGCUUGUCCUAAGAAUUUGAUUUUCAUAUUGGAAUUCGAAGGAAAUGAAUAUAGAUUUAACUUUCCAUCAAAGAGAAAACCUAAAACGGGAACUCCUCCUCAAUCACCUUACGCUGCUGAUCCAGCAUGGUCUGACUCCCUUUGGAAAAUUCUCCAGGUUACAUGGGAUGGUCCUGAUUUAGUUACAAAUACGAAGAGGCUGAACCCCCCUAGCGAUUUUCUAAAAGAUUGUUAA